AGGAGUCACUCUCAUCUUUUCUCUCUCCCACACAAACACAAAACUCUCUCUCUCUAAAAACUGUGUUUUUUCUCCUACAAAAAUCUCUAAAUUUCACUACUACAUCUCUCCCCUCGUCCCGCAAAACAUUCACUGCCUUGCUCUGCAAUGCACGAUCUUCAUUUCGAGUUUUGAAACUCGAAUUUUGACUCACUGAGUUGUUUAUAGAUACAGUUAUUCAUUAUUAAUAAUGUUCGAGACAAUGGAGAGUUCAGUCAAUGGAGGAGGAGUUGGAGGAGGGUUUUCUCACUUACAGAGCUGUGGUGACAGCAGUGAAGAAGAGCUUUCUGUGCUGCCACGUCAUACUAAAGUGGUAGUUACUGGGAAUAACCGUACCAAGUCGGUGCUUGUGGGUCUUCAAGGUGUUGUCAAGAAGGCUGUUGGGCUUGGCGGGUGGCAUUGGCUGGUCCUGACAAAUGGCAUAGAAGUCAAGCUACAGAGGAAUGCCCUUAGUGUGAUUGAGGCUCCCACGGGCAAUGAGGAUGAUGAUGAUCUGGAAUUUGAUAAUGUGCAAUGGAAUGGAUUGGAUAUGGGUGAGCUUGCAUCCUAUGACACUCAAAAGUCCCAUAGAUCAAGGAAUCGGACUCAUAAAUCAACAGGAUCAUCUCACAAGACUAUGAGCAGGUCUCUCUCUUGUGACUCGCAGUCUAAGGGCUCUGUCUCAACACCUCGUGGGACCACGAAGGUUGACCUCAGCAAGUUGGAGAUGGCUGCUCUGUGGAGAUAUUGGCGACAUUUUAAUCUUGUGGAUGCCAUCCCCAACCCUUCUAAGGAGCAACUGAUUGAUGUUGUUCAGAGGCAUUUUAUGUCGCAGCAAAUGGACGAGUUGCAGGUCAUUGUGGGAUUUGUCCAGGCUGCAAAAAGACUGAAGACCGUCUGCAAAUGACCCUGAGACAGAGAUAUCUGAGUUUCUUUGUCCAUGCUAACAGAUACUUGGUACUUGAAUACCCCUCCCCCAUGUGUAACAUAUGUAUCCCUGGCUUGCUUAUCAUCGUAUCUAUCACUAGGUUAGUAUUUUACCCUGUCAGAGCUAUAGAGGUUCCUUCUUUUUGUUAGUGUAGCUAUGUAGAUAUAUGUAAAAACUGGUGAGGUGACUGGACCUCUAAGAAGUAAGUCCCCGUGGCUGUCUUCUAAGCUUGGUUUAAUUAAUGUACUGCUGACUUUGAGGGAAA